AUGCGGGUGCCCGGGGCGUGGAGAAUCAACGCCGGCGGGGUCCCGGUGCCACCACCACCCACCGGGGCGGCGCGGCGUGCGAAGAUCGCGCUUAUCCGCGCCUCCCUGCCGCGGGCGGCGAGGAAGGGGCCGCGCUACGUCCCUGAAAGCCCGCCCUGGGAGCCGUACUUCCGCCGCCGUCACGCCGAGCAGCUCGAGGCCACCAACGGCGUCGUGCCCUCCGGUAGGCUCAACUCCGAGAGGCAGCGCCGAUGGUGGGGCGUGCCCGGCCGCACGCUGGAGGCCGUCCUCGAGUACAUCGAGGGCGGCAACACGCCGAGGCUGGAGUACCCCGAGCCCCCGUCCUUCUCUCGCCGCCGUGGGAGCUCGUGGACGCCGAGGCGCAUGGACCCCAGGGCGUCCUCCUCCUCGUCCGGUCGGUCGACCGGCUCUCCCUGCCUCCGCCCCAUCAAGCCGGAGCCCCAGGACAUGCAUGUCAGCCGGCGCACCCGCAGCUCCGGUAUCCGCAUCGCCGACUCCACCCCCGCCUCUGGCCGCCUCGUCCUCGUCGCGCCCAAACCGGAGCCCAGCCUCCCCCCGGAGUAUGAGGAGCUAGUCCGGCGCGGCUUCUCCGACGAGGACGCCCUACGGUGGGCGCGCGACGACUACCUCCGCGACGAGAUGGUCCGGCAGCGCCGGGCCCUGGAGGAGAUCGCCGCCCGCAAGCGUGGACGCAAGGAUAAGCACGGCGUCGUGAUCCUCGACAGCGACGACGACGAGGACGCCGCCGGACCGUCCAACCCGCCGCGCCAACUGGGGAAGGGUUGCAGCAGGGACAGCGGCCGCGGCGGAGGCGACGACGACGACGACGACGGCGACUACACGCGGUUCUACAGCCUCCUCGGCAUGUAG